AGAGAGAGAGAGGAUAGAUGUUGCUGCUGCUCUGUGUGAACAAAGAUGUCUGAGAAGAAAUACAACCCACGCGACACCACACUAGAGUUAGUCAGCAGGAAGGACGACUUAGAUCCAUUUUCUUCAGAAGACGGUGAUCUCCGAGCAGUGAUGUCCUGUGGACACGCUGUGUCCCCCGAGUCUCUGACACUGUGGUGCCGCAGUCAGCUGGAUCAGGGGAUUUAUAAGUUCAAAUGCCCUGCAGUGGGAGAGGGAACCAAACCGUGCAAUAAGCUGUGGUCGUAUGAAGAAGUUCGCCGACUGGCCGAUCUGUCUGUGUCGGAGAUGAGUUACUUUGAAGAGAACAUGGCUCGUCUGGCUGCUGCAGACUUCUGUGACAUUCAGCUCUGCCCACAGUGCAAUACGAAUAUGGAGAGAAAGGACCUCUCCAACCUGUGUGUCGAAUGCACCAUAUGCACUGCUGAUAAGAAGACGAAAUACUACUUCUGCUGGCAGUGUCGGAGGAAGUGGAAAGGUCGGGGCCCUCGGUCGGACCGCUGCGACAACGACGGCUGUGCCAACAAGGACCUGGAGCUUCUGCAGAUGUGUCCCACCAUCAGUCUUCCUGCCGUGGAGGGUGUUACCAGCUGCCCGUCAGUCAGGGCCUGCCCGACAUGUGGCAUGAGGGUGGAGCACAACCAACAACACUGUAAGAAUAUUCACUGCCCUCGAUGCCAAGUGACGUUCUGCUAUCUCUGCCUGAAACUAAAGCGUGACUGUAACCAGACCAGUUCACCGUACAAAAUCUGUCUGGGUGGUGUGGUUCCCAGACAGACCUCUAUCCCAGUGUGGGUCAGGAAAUAAAAACGAUAUAAAAAGACUGUGGCAGUCUCUUAAAGGGGACAUAUUAUGAAAAUUCCACUUUUGUAGUGCUUCUACAUGUUAAUUUGGGUAUCAGGCAUGUCUGCAAACCCCCAAAACUCUGGAAAAAAACAACUCCCGCGAUUUGUUGUGGUUCCUCUAUGUCAGAAAUGAUACUCUAGAGUGCGUUAAAUGGGAUUACGAGCGAAAAAAAUACAUCAUAGUCACACAUGCCCAUGCCCAUGUAGGGAGCAUCGCUACAUGGCCUUGGACCACCCCACACCAUCAUCUCACUGGCUCUCAUUAGCUCGCGAGCUAACGUGCUCCUCCGUCUCCCCGGGCUCCACCGGCCGGUUAGCUUGCGUUAGCUCGCGGAGAGGGGGGGCGGGGCACUCAAAACAGGUCAAUCUGAGGAGGGCUGUUUUAGACAGGGUAAAAAGGCUGCUGUUUUAAAUGAUCCUUGUGGUAUUUUGACCAAAAUAUGUUACAGACAUUUCAUUAAGACCCCAAGGAACCAUAUCAACUGUGGUAAAAUGGGCAUACGAUGGGUCCUUUAAAAGUUUCACUCAUUAAGGUUUAGGUGACAGGGAUCUGUUAUAUGAAAUAAUCAUGAUGUGAUGUGUUUCACCUAAAGUGUAUAAAUAGUUGUUUUCUUUACCCUAGAAUGGGCUUUUAUAUUUAAAUCAUUUAUAUUUUUACUUCGGAACCAGAUAAUGUGAUUAUAAAAGCAUUUAAACAGCAGUUUGUACAAUCAUCUUUAAAACAUUGCAGCCUCUUAUUCCUUUGCUUUGUGAUAUUUUACCACAUCAUAAGAGAUAAUGAGAGAUCUACUAGU